CCAAAUUACAUUGACAAAAUGAAUUGAGAGGACAGAGAAAGUAUAUGCCUUUUGAUGUCACAUUCUUUAAUCAAAGAUUAGAGGCCCCCUUUUUUUCCCUCUGUUCCCAUGGAAACAAAGGGCCCAAAUAAUCCCCAUAAACAAGACUUGCCUACCUUCUUGAAUCCUCUCCAAAAAGAAACCAUGGCAGAGAACAGCAGCAGCAGCAGCAAGACUGCAGAGAUCAAAGAUUUCCAAAUUAUGAUUGCAAAUAAAGAUGAUAACAAGAAGCAAUUAGCACCAAAAAGAAGUUCAAAUAAAGAUAGGCACAAGAAAGUUGAUGGUAGAGGAAGAAGGAUAAGGAUGCCAGCUUUAUGCGCGGCCAGGAUUUUUCAGUUGACAAGAGAAUUGGGUCAUAAAUCUGAUGGUGAAACGAUUCAGUGGCUGUUGCAGCAAGCAGAACCAUCAAUUAUUGCUGCUACUGGAACCGGGACGAUUCCAGCUUCAGCUCUUGCAGCUGCGGGGGCCUCUGUUUCACAACAGGGGAACUCUGUUUCUGCAGGAUUGCAUUCAAAGAUGGAAGGCAUAGGACCAAGUGUCGGGUCAAGAGAUAGGGCUAACUGGACAAUGAUGAAUAGUAAUUUGGGAAGAUGUAAUGUAACAAAUGGGAUGUGGCCUUCUUCUGUCGGUGGAAUCGGAGCAGGUUAUAUUUCGAAUUCGAGCCAGUCAGCAAUGAAUUUUGGAAAUGAAAGUGCUAAUGCCUUGCCAAAAUUUGGAUUCCAUGGUGUUGAAUUGCCAAACAUCAAUAUGGGUUUGAUGAGUUUUUACUCAAUGUUCAAUGCUACGAAUCAACAAGUACCAGGCUUAGAGCUUGGCCUUUCACAGGACGGGCAUACUGGAGUGAUGAAUUCUCAAGCUUUGAGCCAGUUUUAUCAGCAGAUGGGACAGAACCGAACCGGGCUAAAUUCUCUUGUUCAGCAACAACAGCACCAGCAGCAACCUCCUGAUAAGGAUGAUUCUCAAGGAUCAAGGCAAUAGAGAAUUGGAGAUAGAGGAGGAUUGAAUUAGCUUAGUAAAACGAGACCCAAGAAAUGAGUGAAAGGCUUGAAAAAAAGAUUUUGAAUCAUAGUUUUGUGAUACUGGGAUUGGAUUUGGCGGCCAAGUGCAGUCCUUUUGAUAAUCAAUUUCAUCCAGGUCUGCAAAAAACAGAUGCAGGGUGAAACAUGAAGAGAACAUAACAUGGCUGGGAGAUUUUGCAUUUGAGUUUGUUUCAUAUAAAAAUUUUGCGGGAUGUGUUAUGUUAUUAUUAGUAUUACUAAAUUACAACGAUUUGUUCUUUUACGUUUAGGCUUGUUUCUUUGUUUUCUUUCUUAUAUUGAAUCCAAGUUAUGAUCUUUCCCA